UCGAAUAAUAUUAAUGGAUGAAAAUAAUAAAUUCUGUUUUGAAUGUAACAUUAGCAGCGAUUCAAGUCGUGAUAAUAUUGACAGUUUUUCACAAUAAGUUCGGAUGGAUAUUUAUCAGUGAUAGGGCAGACGUCGAGCGUACAUGCGCGAUUACAGUUGCUAAUGUGAUUGUGUUUGAUGAUAAGUGGCAAGAAAAAUGAUUUUUAGACGACUAGUUAAUUUACUUACAAUGUAUAGGUCGUUUAGAUACAGACGUCAUAUGUCAGGUGAGGAAACAAACUUUGAUGAUUCUGGUCCAGCGGACUUCGAACAGGCAAUAAUAGCAACUGGAUAUGGAAAAUUUAAUUAUUUGCUGCUGCUGGCAGUACUGCCGGCCAGCUUCUCCAGUAUUUUCUCGUCAUCAGCGAUGUCUUACGUGCUACCAUCCGCCGAAUGUGACCUCCAGCUAACAAUGUUCGACAAAGGCCUACUAAACUCGAUGGCAUUUGCAGGAAUGAUCUCUACAGUGUUUUUCUGGGGUUGUAUGACCGACAUGUUUGGACGUAAGAAAAUAAUGUUCUAUGGUUACCUGCUUACCGGUCUACUAAGUAUAGCGACAUGUUUCUCGCAUAGAUCUUGGCUGUUAAUAACAUUCAAAUUUUUCGAUGGUAUGAUAAUAUCAGGUCCGUAUGCAGCACUUAUGUCGUACUUGGCAGAGAUACAUAAUGAAAUACAUCGAUCGAGGUCGUAUAUGUGGCUUGGCGUAUUCUUUUCGCUUGGAAAUAUUUCCCUGCCAUGUAUAGCUUGGCUCGUGAUACCUCAAAAGUGGUACGUUACAUUCUUAAGCGAUACAAUAGAGAUUAACUCCUGGAGGGUUUUCUUAGCGAUUUGUUCGCUUCCGGAGUUUUUAGCAUGCGCCGCUCUUUUCGCUUUCCCAGAAAGUCCGCGUUUUCUCAUCCUGAAGGGUCGACACGAUGAGGCACUGUGUGUCUUCAAGAAAAUCUACUCACUCAAUACUGGGAAGGAUCCUGAAACAUAUCCGAUAAAGAGUUUGGGAGACGAAUAUUCCGUCGAAUCAACCGGGGAACGUAUGCAGGAUAAGCUGCAUACCUGUUGGAAGCAAAUGAAACCACUUUUCUUGCGACCUAAUAUCUUUAAGUUAAUACUUAUAUCAAUGAUACAACUUGGAGCAACGAUAGGGUCAAACUCACUUCGUCUUUGGAUGCCGCAGCUAUUUGCAAUGAUUGAAAGUUACAAGAGUACUAUUAUGGCGGCCGACACUCGCGUGUCGGGUCUGCAACCUUCAUUUUGUUAUAUGUUAGGUCAAGAACAAUCCUAUCUCAAUUCCACGCAAUACGCCAACAAGACGAGCAAUUCUACCGUAACAUGCGUUCCAGCGGAAUUGAAUUCUAGAGUCUUCAUCAAUUCCAUUGUCAUUGCCAUGACAGGUGUUAUUGGAUAUACUUUAGCUGGUACUUUGAUUACCGUGGUUGGAAAAAAGAAGUUAAUGGCAAUUUGUUUUAUUGUCGCUGCUGCAUGUUGUGGUUCGUUAUACUGGGCUGAAAAUACCAAUGGUAUUCUCGGAUUGUCUUCAGUAUUUGUUGCCAUGUCGAGUAUAGGCGGAGCAACUGUUAUCAAUAUUAUCGUCGAUAACUUUCCUACAUGCCUAAGAACCAUGGCAGUUAGCAUAACGAUGAUGAUGGGAAGAAUUGGCGCAGUAAUCGGGAACUUAUUGUUUCCCGUUUUAUUCAAUUUAUCAUGCUUAGGACCAUUCGUCAUGAUUGGUUCUGCCUCUUUAGUAUCCGCAUUUUUGGUUGUUAUUCUACCUCGAAAAAAGACACGAGAUGACAAACCGAAAGAUAUUAUAUGACACAUUUUUUUAGAUAUAUCUUACGUUUAUUUCAUCGUUUUCUUUCCAUAAUUUAAGAAGUGUGUAAAUACUUUUUCGUCCUUACGCAUUUUUAAUAAUCGUCAU